AUACAUACGGGUAAGUCGAAUAUGCGAAGUAAAAGUGAAUAGCCUGUCCAUACUCCUCCACUAAUAAUUGAAUUGUUUUUUUAAUUGCAACAGAUGCUCAUGAAUUAUUAUAAACAACCGACGCAGAUCACUUCAACUGCAACUUUAACUUGAGAGAGGAACCAGCCGUAUUCAAAUUUCGCCAUGAUCGCCUCUUCAAGAUUAACCACCACCACCCUCCCGCCUUACACCACUCUCACUCCUAAACCACCCAGAUUUAGAUUUUUCUCCUCCCCCCUUCCCCUCAAAUGUCGCAAACCUCUGACGACUAUCACCAGUGUCCUUAAAAUCGCGGAUUCCCUAAAUCUAUCCUCACCUGCUGCUCCAGAUCUCAACUCCCUUCUCAAUCUAAAGCGCACUAUCCUUGUCUCCGAGAAACUUGGAGAUGCCGGCCUCGACCUCCUCCGAAGCUUCGCUAACGUUGACUGCUGCUACAACCUCUCUCCUGAAGACCUCUGUUCCAAAAUUUCCUCCUGCGAUGCCUUGAUCGUCAGGAGCGGUACCAAAGUCAACCGCCAGGUCUUCGAAGCCGCCAAAGGCCGCUUGAAGGUCGUCGGUAGGGCUGGGGUGGGCAUCGACAAUGUCGAUCUGCAGGCUGCUACUGAAUUUGGAUGCCUUGUUGUCAAUGCUCCCACCGCCAACACUAUUGCUGCUGCCGAGCACGGCAUCGCUCUCUUGGCUGCCAUGGCGCGUAAUAUCGCACAGGCUGAUGCUUCCAUGAAAGCUGGGAAAUGGCAGCGGAACAAGUAUGUUGGAGUCUCUAUGGUCGGCAAGACAUUAGCAAUCAUGGGAUUUGGAAAAGUUGGAUCUGAGGUAGCCAGACGUGCAAAGGGGCUUGGGAUGCAUGUUGUUGCACAUGAUCCAUACGCCCCCGCAGACAGAGCACGUGCUAUCGGUGUUGAAUUGGUCUCCUUUGAUCAGGCUGUCUCAACUGCAGAUUUUAUUUCACUUCAUAUGCCACUUACCCCUGCUACCUCAAAGGUGUUCAAUGAUGCAACCUUUGCUAAGAUGAAGAAGGGAGUCCGGAUCAUCAACGUGGCUCGGGGUGGAGUCAUUGAUGAAGAUGCCUUAUUGAGGGCCCUUGAUUCUGGAAUUGUUGCACAGGCGGCGUUAGAUGUGUUCUGUGAGGAGCCCCCAAAGGAUAGCAAACUGGUGCUGCAUGAGAAUGUGACAGCCACACCUCAUCUUGGGGCUAGCACUAAAGAAGCACAGGAAGGUGUAGCUGUGGAAAUAGCAGAGGCUGUAGUUGGAGCUUUACAAGGUGAACUUUCUGCAACUGCUGUCAACGCUCCAAUGGUCCCUCCUGAGGUUCUGUCUGAGCUGGCACCUUAUGUGACACUAGCUGAGAAGCUGGGAAGACUAGCUGUGCAGUUGGUUAGCGGAGGAAGUGGAAUCCAGUCCGUGAAGGUGGUGUACAGAUCAGGCCGGGAUCCGGAUGACCUGGACACUAGACUUUUGAGGGCCAUGAUCAUAAAAGGAAUCAUCGAACCCAUCUCUGAUACCAUAAUCAAUCUGGUGAAUGCUGAUUUCAUUGCUAAGCAGAAAGGCCUGGUCAUCUCUGAGGAAAGAGUGUUUGCCAACUCGGGGGGUCCGGUAGAUUCGAUUCAGGUGAGGAUAGGCCAUGUAAAAUCGAAGUUUCAAAGUGCUGUGUCUGAGAACGAGGAGAUCAGCGUGGAAGGGAAAGUGAAAUACGGAAAGCCACACCUGUCGCGGGUGGGGGGGUUUGAAGUGGAUGUAAGCCUGGAAGGAAACCUGAUACUGUGCCGGCAGGUAGACCAACCAGGGAUGAUAGGGAAGGUGGGAGGGAUACUUGGGGAGAAGAAUGUGAAUGUGAGCUUUAUGAGUGUUGGAAGGAAUGUUAGGAGGAAAAAGGCCAUCAUGGCGAUUGGUGUGGAUGAGGAACCGGACAAGGAUACCCUCGACAAAAUAGGGCAUGUACCUGCGAUCGAAGAAUUUGUGUUCCUCAACCUAUAAUCUCUUCUCUUCUCUUAUUACACUGCCAGAGAAUAAGGUAGCCACCAGUAUUUGAGUGUUUAAUAUGUAUGUAUGCUUAGUUAGGCUGGUUGUGAUAUUCUUACUUGUGUUGUACCACAUAAUAGCGUGCUUACAAUCAAGAACCUGCAUGCAUUUAUAUGAUCAAAUAACACAGCCUUAAAUCUUAAUUAAUA